AUGGAAGAAGUAGGUGUUGCAUAUGGAAAAACAAAUUUAAAUUCAGUAAUCUCAACCCUCUCACCUACAUCUUUAUCAACAACAAUAGUUCAAACUCAAUCAAAUGCUCGUCGAAAUGAAGCUAUUCAACAAGCUGAUGUUUCAUCUUCUAGACCGGCACUACUAGCACAUGAUGUACUCGGACCAUUAUUAUUUGAAGUAAGAUUAAAAAUAUAA